AUGUCUACAUAUGGAAAGAAUACUAAACACCUUUUCCAUGUUGUUAACAAGUCUCUCGGCACAAAUAGCAUCACUUACUACUAUGGCGGCCGAAGAGCAAUCUUCAAAGACCCAUGCCAAGGGUCAGACUGUACUCCAUAUAUGGGCCUCUUCACUCCUGGUGAAUAUAAGAUAGAAUUAUGGGGCGCAGGCAGUGGCUUCCCAGAGCAUUCAUAUGGAAGCUACGGUGCAUAUGUUCGAGGGACGAUCUCUAUCUCAACUCCAUCUGUUUUCUAUAUUUAUCUUGGCCAGCGAGGAACCACUUCUACAAACUUAACCUUUAACGGAGGCACUCCAGGUCUAUCCUACUACUCAAUUACGAGUGGUGGAGGUGCUUCGGAUAUUAGGCUCGUUCCUGGUAAUUGGAAUUCCUUUGAAAGUCUUAAAAGUCGAAUUAUGGUAGCCGGUGCUGGAGGCGGCUGUGCCGAUCAUCAAGGUGGCACUAUCACAGGUAGUGGUGGUGGCAUUAAAGGUGAAGAUGGUGUUUUUACAAUAAAUUCUCCUUGCUUAGUGAAUGACUGUGAAAAUCAGACGCAAAGAAGGUGUUAUAAUACAAUCCCAACCGGAGGAGAACAAACUCAAAGUGGUGUUGAUGCUAUUUAUACUUUGAGAACAGGAAAAUUCGGAAUUGGUGGAUAUUCAAAUCAGAAUUAUUUAAAAUCUCCAGGCGGCGCUGGAUAUUAUGGAGGUGGUUGUGGAGCGAGCUCGAAUUGUGUUGUUAGUUGUCGUGCAGGUGGAUCUUCUUUCGUUUCAGGGAUGAAAGAUUGUAACGCGAUAAGUGAAUCAUCCUCUGGUUUUGAUAAUAUAUUGCACACAAAUCAGCCAAUACACUAUUCUGGAUAUCAAUUUACUGAUACUGUCAUGCUUAAUGGUGGAGACCCUGAAAUCCCGAAACCACAAAACCUCAACUUUUAUGAUGGAGCAUGUCAAAUCACUAUUCUGAGUGAUUUUCUCUCUUUCCUCCAAUCCUGUCAAGUACCUUACUAUAAUUACCAAUAUUUCUUUCUCUCUUUCUUUAUUUUCACUGAUACAUGA